AUGGGUGGAAAAAUUUUGAAAAAUGAUGAUGAUGAUGGUGGUGGUGGUGUAAGGGAAGAUUUGGGGGCUCAAGAAUUUAUUCUUAACGUCAUACAAAGUAAAAGUUUGGGAAAUAUUAAAAUGGAAGCAAAUCCUGAAAAUGGUUUAGAUCCGGCUCAACUUCGAAAAGCUUUAGAAUGGGAAUUAAGUUUAGAUGCAAGAGAUUUAAGAUCUCAUGCAUGGUAUCAUGGAUCCAUACCUAGAACGAGAGCAGAAGAAAUAUUAGAAUCCGAUGGUGAUUUUCUAGUUCGCGAUUGUACAUCUCAACCUGGAAAUUUUGUACUUUCUACAAAAUGCAAAGGACAAAAUCUUCAUUUUGUUAUAAAUAAGGUUGUCCUACAGCCAGAUACCGUAUACGAAAGAAUACAAUUUCAAUUUGAGGACGAAGCUUACGACACAGUUUCGGAUCUAAUAACGUAUUAUGUGGGAAGUGGAAAAGUCAUUUCUUCCUUAUCUGGUGCCCGCAUACAAAAUCCGAAAAAUCGUUUGCAUCCUCUUUCAUUUUACGCAACUAAAUAUUCCGUUUAUCAAUCAUCCGGAUAUUCGGUCUCGCCUCAACCAUCUCCAUCGAAUCCAUCUGGAAAUUGGAAAUACAAUACCAUCAACAACGCACAAUCAAGUUUUUUGACUCUGCGACAGAAACACGACACGCCGCCAAAGUUACCAAAUAAACAAAGGAGUUUGUCGCUAACCCCGUCAGAACUCAAUGGAAAAUUACAAAUGCUUCAUUGUGGAAACGAUAAAAGUAAUAGUGCGGAUGGUGUUAUACAAAAUAUGAAUAGUAAUUGUGGGAGAUUUGCGACAAAUUCAUUACCUAGAGGAACCAAAAACAAAGACAUUUUAGUUAAUAACGAAAAGGGAACAACUACGCGUAAUAGUAAAUUAUCAAGAGUAACAAGUGAUCCAUCAUUAAGCCCUUGUUUCGAACGUCGAAACGCAACAGGAGAAUCCACGGGUGGGGGGACGACGACGACGACAACGAUUAAUAAUCCUCCGCCAAAACCAAGUCGCAUACCUUCUUUACCCGGAGGUGUCGAAACGAUAAUUCCAAAUAAAGAAAAUAAUAAUAAUUUUUAUAAAGUGACCUCUUCUUCUUAUCAAGCUUCCGGAAGCGAUUCGGGUAACGGGUCCGGUGAUUCUGCACAGAGUUCGGCAACAGGAGAUUCAAACGAAGUGACAACACUCUGCGGUACGGGAGGGGGUACAAUAUCACGUGGAGUUAUAAUAAAAAAUCCGAGGUAUCAUUACGAUAAAUCGAAUGUUCCUAAUUCGGCAUCCACGUCGACGUUAAAAGGUCUCGAAUUUGAUCCCUCGACAGAGGAAUAUUUAGUUAAUCUUCUUCCAAAAAUCGAUUUAGGUACAGCAUUUGACGUUGAAAAUUUUCAAACAUUGCUGUUACCAACAUUAGAAAAUAAACCGGUUGAUUCAUCGACUUUACAAUGUGUUAAAAAUAUGUUAAGAGAAAACGGGUCAAGGAUUUUGGCUAAUCACAUGACUAGAGUGGAUUUGGAAAUAACAAUCGGCGAAAAAACCGGAAUUAAAAAUUGGUCUGAAUUAGGUUUAGGCAUAUCUUCCGGUAUCGAAAUGUGUUCUUUGCCACAAGGACAACAAGUCAGAUUGGAUAUAAUUGAAAGAGUCGAAUGUUUAAAAUUAUUGGUAGCUGUUACUGUACUUACCUGUAAAAAUGAAUCUGAAAGAGCGGAAACACUUCAUAAAUGGAUUCAAGUUGCCAUCGAUAUAAAAACAGCUUUAGGAAAUCUUUUUGGUUUUGCCGCCAUUAUGUUAGGUUUAUGUUUGCCACAGGUUCAAAGGUUGGCAGCUACGUGGCACACGUUACGUCAAAAAUUUACAGACAGCGCAUUUAAUUACGAAGCUAAACUCAGGCCGACACUUAAAAGCAUGAACGAAUGCACGAAUCCUCAAGCACCGAAUACAACCAUACCUUAUUUCAUACCGUUUGUACUCCUUCAAGAAUUAACAUUGGAUGACGUUUUAGGUACGAAUACCAAAUUGGACGGAUCUCUAUCGAACGAAUGUUUGGCCGUUUUCGAAUCCUCAUCCAUGGAUUCCGGCAUGUCGACUAUGUUUGCUCAUUUAGAAUCGGGAAGAAAAUUUUCAACGAUGCUUCCGUCCUAUCGAAGAAAUGCAGACAUUAUAUUAGGAGAUUCUAAAAUAGACGAGUUGAUAACGGACAUGUUCAGAACGGAAUUUCAUUUGAAAUUUUUAUGGGGGAGUCGGGGAGCCACUGUUUCCUCUCAAGAGAGACACGCUAAAUUUCAUCAAGUUUUAAAUGUCAUGUCGGAAAAAUGUGAACCGUCUGACGAAAUAGGAAAAGUUUAA